UUUUAAGGAUACCACUCGCUUCUCUUCUAGUUCUUGUAGGCUUGUGCGAGGACUGAGCUUUUUAUUUAUAAAAUUUUAAAUUUGUACGAAAAUGAAGUUAUCAUUCAGUAUCUGUUUACUAUUGUGUUUCUCUUUGCAGAUGAUAGAAUCGAGGAUUAGUUAUUGUCCAACUCCAAAAAUAACGAACGGAAAAUUUAAAUACCGACUUAAAGCAAAAUUCGUUAAAUAUACCUGUAACCCAGGAUUCAUUCUAUUUGGGGACAAAUACAAUAACUGCGAGCAUGGCAAAUGGGAUGGCCCUCCACCAAAAUGUGUCCGACCAGGCUGUAAGAAAGUGAAUGCACCAAACAAUGGAAUUAUAUACCCAACGCAUUCAGGGGCAGUUUUACAUUUCCAUUGCAAAUAUGGCUUCCAGGUACAUGGGCCGAAUAUGACCCUUUGCAAUGGUACGAUGUGGAGUUCUCAUUUGCCCAUAUGUUUGCCUUCCAACACAAAGCCACCCUUGACCUGUGACUUUGAAAAUCCUGAUCUAUGCGGCUGGACCCACGACCUUAAUCACGACUUUGAUUGGAGAAGGAUGCAAUUUUAUACACCAAGUGGGGCGAUUGGCACUGGUCCUUCUCACGAUCACACCCUAGGAAAAGGAAAAAAUGGUUACUACAUGUACAUAGAAUCUUCUUCGAGAAAUGAGAAUGACACGGCCAGACUGAUCUCACCCGUCUAUGAAAAGACUAACAACAACACUUGCUUCAUCUUCUUCUACCAUAUGUACGGAACAACUAUAGGUACUCUGAGGGUUUACCUGAAAAAGAUUAAUGAAAAAUGGGAUUUUAAUCCCUCUGCUGCUUUUUUCCAGCAACAUGGCGACCAAGGAAACGUAUGGAUCAGGUCCAUUCAUCUAUUCAACCCCAUACCGAAUGACUUUCAGAUUGUCAUAGAAGGAGCAAGGGGGGACGGCUACUUAAGUGACAUAGCGAUAGACGAUGUAUCGAUAGUACAUAAUUGCAAUUUAGCAGAUUACGAAGAUGCCGAAUUGUCCACCACAACUGAAGAGAUCAGCAGUACAGAUUUUUUACCAGACAACGUCUUUUCUUGUGAGGGAAGAUGCUUUUCCGAUGAAAUACCGAUAGGCAAUCACAGGAUGUGUUCUUGCCAUGAAACUUGCUACUACAGAAGUGACUGUUGUCCUGACUUCGUAGAUAUUUGUGUAUUAGCAUUAUUUGACCCAUUGGAAGGAACAACAAUGGAUUCAUCUACUAUUCCAUCCACAACGACUACUCGAAAAUUAACCUCUCCAACAACCACAUCUGAAACAGAUCAGACAACAAAAAUGCCAACUUCAGCAUACACAGAAUACACUACAAAUAUAAUAUCUGAAACAAAAACGUUCGAUAUUUCAAAAUCAGCUACUACAAUUAUAAUUAAGACUACAGAAGAAAACGAAAUAGAUGAAAUAACAGAUAAUCAAAGAACCGAAUCUGAAUGGAAACCAUCUACUGAAUUCUUCAAAAAAGUCCCCAACUAUUUCGAUGAGGACGUCUCAGAGAAGGAUGUUGCCCGCCUGAAGAAAGGAUAUUCUAAGAAAAAAAUAGUUAUUUCGAAUUUUGAAGAUGAGGGCACUUCAUUUGUUACUUAUAUCUUGUUAACGUUUGGAAUUAUUUUGAUAUGUUGCAUUUUUAUUCUUGUUAUGACAAAGAAAGGUAACCGAUCUAGGAAAUUUAGAUCAGGUUCUCACGGAGGCAGCGCUAGUGAUGUUAGAUUCUUGACCAGUGAUGAACUUUUGGAUCUUAACUUAGCCUAUGAAUGAAUUAUGAAUUAUGUGAAUCAAUUCAAUUAUACCAAAUAAAAUAAUUUACUUAUU